CAGAUCAGGAUGAGGCGGAGCUACAGGUCCAGUCAGCUCAGGACAGACUGAAGGACAGACAAACAGCCAGGCAGAGAGAAACAUUAGGAAGUUAAUGAACUAAGGAUUUAACAAAGACGCAAAGGAGGGAUCAAGAGAAUUGGAGCCAGGCAAAGAUGGCGCUGUCUCCCACUGCCGUGGCCGCCCGCCGGGUGUUCGCCGCCGCGGCUCAUUCAGGCCAAGAAGGAGGGUCAGUGAGGACGUGGAAGAUCCUCAGCUUUGUGGUGGCGAUGCCUGGCGUCGCCCUCUGUAUGGCCAACGCGUACCUGAAGAUGCACGCCCACUCGCACGACGCGCCAGAGUUUGUGCCCUAUGCCCACCUCCAGCUGAGAACCAAGAGAUUCCCCUGGGGGGACGGAAACCACUCCCUGUUCCACAACCCCCACACCAACGCUCUCCCGGACGGAUACGAAAGCCCCCACCACUAGGACCACAUCCAGCGCUCCUGUGUGCGUUCAUUCCCUCCAGUCUCCUCACGCUACACAACUCCUAUUUGUGUAGCGCUUUCGUCCGUUCAUGCUGACUCCGGGAUCAAUUUGAGAAUAAACUUCUCCUGAAUGGUGA